GUCACCAAAUCUUUGACAGCACUUCCUGGAGUGGUGUUUGUUGUGGGAAAUAAACGCCGUGGUGGUGAACUGGGGAUUCAGGCUACAUUAAACGGCAGAAGGACGUCACAAACUACUACACUAUCCGACCUCCAAGCAUGCGGUCGCAGCAGCUUUCGAGCGGUAUUAGAUAAGGCAGAAGAAGGGACGGUUUCUAGACUGAGGAAGGACGAGGUGGACAUAUUCCCGGACAGCCAAGCAGAGCCAGAGCAGAGCCGCCGACAGCACGGAGUUGUCGCGAUGUGGUAGCUAAACCAUGGACUGCAGAAUAAAGGAGAAUCCAGAGAGAACCUUUGAUCUGGUUUUACAGGUGGCAUGUCCAACUACUGAAAAUGAAGAUCCAACCGUGCUGUGGAGCUUCCCCCAGGACCACACCGACCAGAUAUCCCUACGGUAUAGGGCCCAGUCAUGGGAGGGAAGGACGUGGAAAGAGCUACAGAUGCGAAGGAGAGUUAUCAGUAAUACAGGAGGUCCUUCAGACGAUACCAAAGUUCUGCUUUCCCUUUGACGUGGCAAGGGUUUCCCAGAAUCAGGUGGGGCAGAAUUUCACCUUUGUGCUGACGGACAUUGACGGCAAACAGAGGUUUGGUUUCUGUCGACUCACUCAAGGCUGCCGGGUCUGCAUCUGUCUGCUUAGCUAUCUACCAUGGUUUGAAAUCUACUACAAGUUAUUGAAUACACUGGCAGACUACCUAACAAAACAACAGGAAAAUGACUUGAAUGACAUGCUGAAUUCUCUCUAUGAUAUGCCAGUGCCAAAGCCCUUCACGCCAGUCAACCUGAGUGUGAAUGAGCAGUUGUAUAUUGCCACUGGGCAAGUACUGAGAGAUUGGCGGAGCAAAGAGCCGCACUCUUACUUCAUCGCCCCAGAUAUCAAUGGACUGCCAACUAUCCCUGAGAGCAGGAACCUGACAGAGUACUUUGUGGCUGUGGACGUCAACAACAUGCUCCAACUCUACGCCAGUAUGCUGCAUGAACGGCGCAUCAUCAUUACCUCAAGCAAGCUUAGCACUUUAACUGCAUGUGUCCACGGUGCAGCUGCUCUGCUCUUUCCAAUGUACUGGCAGCACAUCUUCAUCCCUGUUCUGCCCUCGCAUCUUCUGGACUACUGUUGUGCCCCCAUGCCAUACUUUGUGGGAGUUCAUCUUAGUCUGCUGGAGAGAGUACGCAGUCGAUCACUGGAGGAUGUGGUCAUUCUGAAUGUGGACACCAACACCCUGGAGAGUCCCUUUGAUGACCUGCACAACCUGCCCAGUGACGUGGUGUCCUCUCUGAAAAGCAAGCUGAAGAAGCAGUCAACAGCAACAGGAUGUGGCGUGGCGAGGGCCUUCCUGAGAGUGCAGGCCGCUCUGUUUGGAUCCUAUCGAGACGCCCUCAGAUACAAACCUGGGGAGCCAAUCACUUUCUGCGAGGAGAGCUUUGUGAACCAUCGAUCGAGCACCAUGAGGAACUUCCUAUCCAUGGCCGUCAACCUGCAGCUCUUCAAACAGUUCAUCGACGGACGGCUGGCCAAAUUGAAUGCAGGCCGCGGCUUCUCCGACGUGUUUGAAGAAGAGAUCACAGAGGGGGGCUUCUGUGGAAGUAAUUCAAGGUCUUACCAGCAAUGGAUGCAUACUGUGAAGAGAGGAGGAGCACUCAUCAACACAGCUGUGACUAAAGCCAAGAGUCAUGCCAAAAGGGGCAUCCGGGACAUUAAGGGCAGACUUAAAGCAAGGGAAGAAGAAGAAGAGGGGAUGAUGGUCUGUGCCGGGUCUCCCACCAGCACCAAGAGCCUGUCUCCACGGAGACUGCAGAAAAUGAGACAGCAAAACUUCAACAAGUGUCCCAUGAGCAUGAGCCCUCGAGAUCUUGGCUACAGGCUAGAUUAUGAUGAGCUGGACAGUGCAAGCAAGAUCUCCUCAGAGGACAGUGGGGAUGUCCCGUCGUAUAUCGAGGACAGCGACGACUCCUACUCACUAGACCUCGACAUGGACUCCUCCUGCUCAGGCCAGAUGAACUUGCUGGAGGAAAUCCUGGACUCUCUAAACACCACAACAAUUGAGCAAGGCAAACUUAGCGCUGCCAAGAGCCUGGACUUCUUCAGGUCCAUGGAUGAUUUAGACUACAAGGCUCCGUUCAAGCCCACACCUCCCAGCAAAUCUCAAGCUGCAGAUGAGAGUGGUUGUGGUGAAGGCGGGGAUCAGGGCGGCUGGAAUAUGGGCCAGGAUGACAGUGCGGUCCACGGAAAACACCUUCCACCAUCCCCACGCAGACAGCCCAACAAGAGCAGCCUGAAGGUCUCAAAAAAACCCGCGACAGCUCCCCCAGUGCCCAUCAUCACAGCUACUUCCCCAGCCCAGGAGGCUGACAUCUCCUGGUCACAGCAUCAUCAUCAACUCAACUCCGACGCUCACCCUGUACGUCCAGGGCGACAACCAGGAGACCGCUUCUCCUACUCGCCCUCAAUGUCCCAUAGAGUUACACCUAUCCCGCCAUCUCCCACUCUCUCUCACACCUACAGUUCUCCAGCAUCGGUUUCUCCCCUAAACCAUUCUCCUCCACCAGUGGGCCGGUCUCGAACCAUCUCAGACCCCCUGGGCAACACAGAGCCAUCUCAGGCCCAGAACCAGACUGCCUCCACCAGCAUCCUGAGGAGAAAAGUGCUGUCCAAGGAGACAGUGAGGCACUACCAGGAAAAGGCCCUCCACAGGCAGAGCAGCAAGGGCCGCCAAGAGGGUCAGGUGAGCCCGUCGAGGCACAGCCAGUCCGCUAUGCAGAUCCCAUGGGAGAAAGAGGUGUCAAAGGAGGGGCUCCUGGGGCUCGGCCUGUGCCUGGGUCAGGGCAAAAGCUCCGGGGCAGCUGGGGUGCAGGAUCAAGGUCUCCUUGAGGAGAUUGACUCCAUGUGUUGCCUUGGCUCAGUCUUACACACCAGCUUGCAGCUCUCGCAGGUUCACAGCAACAACAGCCACCAUCAGGUCCAGAGCAACGCCACAGACGAGUCGUAGAGACGUCAAAGACUCAGAGUUUGUAAAAUGCCAUAGGUUCUACUGAAAUCUAUUCACUGUAACUAUUAAAUUACAAUUAGCAACAGUCUAAGAGAACGUGAUCUUUUUAUAUCUCAACACUCAGCUAUCAGGAAAUAUGAACAAAUGUGAUUUCAGACAAACACAGCCUCGAGAGCACGAAACAGAAAGCGAUGAAUUUGUACACUGCACAACUCUCCAUCUUUAAAUACAUUUCUGUGUAAAAUAGAGCCCUGAAAACCUUUUUUUUAAAUCUUCAAACAAGUAAAAAAAAAUCUGAAAUGUUUCUGAAAAUUACCAUCUGUAUCUUGGCACAUAUAAUUUAUGAAAUAAGGUCUUUACUUCAUUUUUAAAAAGCAACAGUUAAAAUACAUUGAUUUCCAAUGGAAACAUGUUAAGUUAUCUCUCUACAGUGGGAGAUUUUUUUCACUUCCAAUUCAAGAUAGGUACGUUUGUGUAUUGGAUACUCUGAUAAAGUGACAUGCUGGUUGUUUAUAAAGUUGGAAUUUCUUAAACUCAGUGAAUUAUUUUGGUAACCAGGAGAGGGCACUUCUUUUUUUGAGACUUUUUGCUUGUUUUAGUAAAAAUACGAUUUUAUAAACUCAAUUACAAAGAUUAAAAAAAUCAAAGACUUUAAAAGAAGGAGAUUUUUGCAGUGUUUUUGUUGCUUAUCGUAGUGUCGUAGCUUGUCUGUAAUCAUGUAUUUACACGUGUUGUAUUUUUUUUAUCUUGUAACACAUUCACAAUGUUAUACCUGGAAAAAAGACCCAGGAAUUUCAUUUUGGGUAAGUAGCCAACCGUUGAUGUAGAAAUUUUCCAUUUUCAGUUAGGAAAGAAAAAAAUAAAUAAGGCUCAGUACUUUGUUAGGAUGAUGAAGGGAACACAUCUUCUCCACACCUCAUUACGUCUUUUACUUGCAGUGUUCCAAACAUUUCACGUCACCAAGUUAAAUUUGCACAUAUUUUGCUCAGUCUUGAACACAUGGUACUAAAAACAUUUGAGCAAAAAUUACAAAAUAAGACAAGAUUUUCAGACGCAAAGUCCACACAGGCUUAUGAAACUUAUUAUACACUGUGUAAUAUUAAUGUGUUUAACACCAUGCCUUAAAUGGACAUGUGAUUUGAAUCUUUAGAUGCCAUACAGGUACUUUCAGAUCUUAAAUGUAACAUUUAGUAGUAAUUAACUUUUUUUGUGUUCUACAGCACAGUCUGGCGGUGCGAGCCUAGUAGUACUUAAACAUUGUUUGCACUGUACUUCUCUGGAUUAAUAUGGUGCUUUAAGCUGCUCUUUUCUGAAUGGCAUUCCAGACAAAUUGAUGUGCAUGUAGAAACCUCUCUCGGUCUCUCUCCUCUUUCUCUAAAGAGAUGCAAAUACAGUCAAGAGUUAAAGUGGACGAAUAGAGAAUGCCCCUGUCAAAGCUCCCUGUCCUCUUUCUUUCUCCACCAUCAUCACUUAUCCCCUCAUGUUGUCUUGCCUCAUUUUCAUCCUUGUAGUCCUUUCAGCACAUCGGACUUUCACUCUCAACCUUAAAAUGCCAGCCAGUUGUUUCAGGGCUAAUGUGGUUCUAAGUUGUUGGAAAAGGAUGUUGGAUAAGGCUGGUGAAAUGUUCCCAUUGUGAACAAAUCUCAUGAAACAAUGCAUCGUGUACCCUUCCCCAAAGCUAUUCGUUCCUACAACAAACAUGGUCCCAAAUAUGUAACUUUGGUUUAGCUGGGAACUGUAGUUUUUAGCAACUUUUUUUACUCAUACAGGAGUGAAUAGUGUAUUAUAGGGACAUAUUUCCUGUUUGUUGGAUAAAUACAGUUUCUUUCAUAUUAUUUGUUCAUAUUACAAAAAAUAUCCAGUAUAAUGUCACCAGACUUAUCACAUAACUUUGUCUCCCUUUCUUUGCUCACAGAAAGUAAAUGCAAUACCUGUCCUUCUAGGUUCGAGUCCUACACUGUAAUGGAAUGCAGUGGUUGAUGAUUGUACAGUCAUUAAGCAAUAUGGUUCUCCUCAGAGAGUAGUUACAUGGAUGUAUACAGAGUCUAAAGAAUUUCUAUAUCAGACUCUCCUGUGGAGAGAAAACGCAGCGUCCAGAGAUUGUGGGUUCCCAUCAUUCUCUGCGUCGCCACAAACCCGGAAAAAAGAAGAAAGCUUUUUCAUGUGCUUGUGUUGGGAUUAUUACAUUUAUAGUUCGUUGUUCUUAUGAUUUAUGCCAGACGCCAGUCAGUGUGGCAGUUUAAUAGCAGCUAUUUCUCCGCUUUUCGAGUGCUGCUCUGCGUUUACGAUUUGCUCAUAAAGUCUUUGGCAUGCUUCUAAAAGCCCAGGAAUCAGUCCUAGUAAUUCCCCAAAAAAAGGAAAAACAGACUAGAACAAUCUCUGCACUGGCCUUAUUCAUUGUAAACACUUACAAAGCUUAUUCACUAUGCAAAUAUUUAAAAGGUUAGUUCUUUUAACAGUAAUUAAAUUAUAAUGCAUGGUUCUACUUGAAAAAUAACAAUCAAUCUAGUUUCUAGUAGGAGUAAGCCUCAUGUGUCCCUAAAUGAAUAAGUAUGAAAGUCUAUUUAACUGUGUGUGAGCUGAGGUGUCUAUGACAGAAUUGUGUGUAUGAUGUGCCUUAUACAGUAUGAGUACCACCCAGUAUAAUCAGAAAUAGGUACAGUAUUAUAGAAAGGAAGUGUAUGCAAUGUUUUCAGGCCACCUUAAAUCACAGACACUGAGCAUUAUGGAAUUAAUAUGAUAGAUGACCUAAAAUGAACUUAGGUACUAGCAUUGUUUUUACAGCUGUUUUGUUUUUCAGUUGCAGCUGCAGUUACUCAGCGUUUUUCUUUGCUGCGGUGGUCGUUGGGAAUCUUCCUGUUUGUAUUUAAUAGAAGAUCUUUGAAUUUCUCUGGGUUAUUUGACUCCUUGUAAAUUAGUUUUUGAUUUGAUUCUACCAUGAGGUGAUUCCUUGUAUAGUUUGUGUUCUUUUUUAUUUCUUUUUUAGUUUUCUCUCUUUUUUUUAAAACAUAUUUUGAGCUAAUUGCAUUUAAAGAUGUCUCUCAGAGGAGUUUCUGUAGUUCAUUACAUAUUGAUGACAAAUUAUUUUCAACUAAAUAGACGUGUAUUUUUGCUGGCUUGAGGUUAUUUUACAUGGAUAGUAUAUGAUUGGUGUUGUAUGUUGUAAAA